AUGCGUGUGCACGAGAAGCGUGAGAACGUCCCGCAGGGGUUCGUCAAGACCGACACGGCACCCUCGAGCCAAGUUUUGAGCUUGCGUCUGGCGCUCGUGCAGAACAACCCUCAGGGACUCGAGGAUGCUCUGUACUCCGUUAGCACUCCCAGCAGCCCGAAGUACAAGCAGUACCUGUCCAAGGAGGAGGUUGAAGCCUUCGUCGCCCCCAAGCAGGAGAGUCUCGAUUUGGUCAACGAGUGGCUAUCCCAGAACGGCUUGACUGCCACGAAGGCUUCGCCCGCAGGCGACUGGCUUCAGGUCAAUGUCACUGUCGAGAAAGCCAACUCUCUCUUCGAUGCCGAGUUCGCUACGUUCAAGCACUUGUCGACUGACACAGACACCGUCCGCACUCUCGAGUACUCUAUCCCUGCUUCCCUCCAGGGUCACCUUGACUUCGUGCACCCCACAAUCAUCUUCCCAACGUCGCUUAACCGCAAGCCCGUUGUGGCUAUUCCUUUGCCUAAGGUCAAAUCCGUUGUCGCGGACGCCAACUUGACCAGCAACGCAGUCCCGUCGUCCUGCAGCACGACCGUGACUCCUGCCUGUCUCCAGGCGAUGUACGGCAUCCCCACGACCCUCGCUACGCAGUCUUCGAACAAAAUUGCCGUCACCGGCUAUAUUGAUCAAUACCCGCAAAAGUCUGACCUUAAGAGCUUCUUGGCCUCGCUGCGCAAGGACUUGUCCUCAUCUACGACUUUCACUCUUGAGACACUCGAUGAUGGAUCGGACCCCCAGAGCUCGAGCGACGCCGGCCUUGAAGCUAACCUCGACGUCCAGUACACGAUCGGUGUCGCCUCGGGUGUGCCCACUGUCUUCAUCUCUGUAGGCGACGACUCCAACGAUGGAAUCUUCGGUUUCCUUGACACCGCCAACCACCUUCUCGCCGAAACUACGCCUCCUCAUGUCAUGACGACCUCUUAUGGCUCUGACGAGAGCGACAUCUCGCGCUCGCUCGCCAACAACUUAUGCAACGCCUACGCUCAGCUCGGCGCCCGUGGCACGUCUGUCUUCUUCUCGUCCGGCGAUGGGGGUGUCUCCGGCUCACAGAGCCAGAGCUGCACUACCUUCGUCCCCACCUUCCCGUCAGGCUGCCCGUACGUGACCUCUGUCGGCGCCACCUCCGGCUACCCAGAGACCUCGGCCGCCUUCUCAUCCGGCGGGUUCUCUAACUACUGGGGUGUCCCCUCCUACCAGACCUCCGCGCACUCGACCUACCUCUCCGCGCUCGGCAGCACUAACAGCGGAAAGUACAACGCCUCUGGCCGCGGCUUCCCCGAUAUCGCCGCAGCAGGCCACUCCGUCGAGAUCUACCACCAGGGCUCCGCCGCAACCGUUGACGGCACGAGCUGCUCCAGUCCGAUCUUCGCGAGCAUCAUCACGCUGCUCAACGACGAGUUGGUGGCCGCCGGCGACAGCCCGCUUGGGUUCUUGAACCCCUUCUUGUACUCCACUGGUCUUAGCGCGCUGUCCGACAUCACAACUGGUGACAACCCUGGCUGCAGCACCAACGGAUUCCCAGCGAAGGCCGGAUGGGACCCUGUCACCGGCCUCGGUGUCCCCAACUAUGCUGCGCUCCGGACGGCGGCUGGCCUGUAA